GGUAUUUCGUGGUCACGACCUUGAGCACGAGUAUGUAAUUUAUGUUUCAGAAUGACCAGCGUUGGUCGUCUUAUCGAGUGUGUAGUGCCAGUAAAAUUGAAUAGAAGAUGGAAAAGAAGACUUUGUACACUCGAGCGGACAUCAACGUUUACAAAUACACUGAAGCUGUUUGUAUUCAAUAACGAUGGAACAAUCUGUCGCAGUCAGGACGUUCAUGCAUAUAUACUAGGAGUAGAUUCAAAACAUGAUGGGACGAUCAUGUUUGUCUGUACGUACAAAUUACGAUGCAUAUCAUUUGAACACUUCGAAGAGAUGACGAAGUGGGAUGACAUACUUAAAGCGAACUUGACGUGUUCAUACUUCCAUGCUGAUUUAAUUGUUGCUCCUAAAAACAGCCUUCUGCAUAGUUAUGCAUGUCAUAGAAAAAGAUUUCGAAUUACUGUCAAUGGAAAAAGUCAACCGACUGUUUCUCCAAAAAAAUUGUGUUAUGGUGUAUCGAAUACGUCAACUGAUGGCUAUUUACAUGUGACUCGUGAUCGAAUAUGUUUUACCACUGGACCAGGGUGUUCUCAUCCUCGUUUACUGGCUACUUGGACUUUUGACAAUGAUGAAAUUGUGCAAUGUGGUACUGCCCGCAUUCGAAAUCCUGUAAAUGGAAAUUUUAACGACCCUCCAUCGUUGUUCUUUCUAACUGCUUCUCCUGAUCAUCCUGAGGCUCCUGGAUGUCACCUGUUCCUGUCUGAUCGAGCCGGUGAUCUAUGUGAUAUAAUUGAACAUACCAACAGAGCUGCAGUUUAUCAAGCAGACUGGAGGCGGUUAACGUGCAUGGCUGCCCUUAUUGAUCCUCCAUUAUCUCUGAAAGAAUUUAAUUUAAACCAAAAUGGCUAUGUUUGUGAUCCAACUAAACUAAACAUGAGUUUCUCUUGUGCAAAUACGAUUAAAGAUAUGGAAGUUAGCUCUUACUGCAAAGGUUCAGAUAAAUGUACUGGUGAUGAAUUUGUUGGUGUGAGCAUGAGAUCAAUACCUGCUGCUGAAUCAAGCUCAAAAACUGAAGUGGUACAGGUGGGGAUUCAUACUGAUAAUCAGGUUGAUGAAGACUCCAGAAAUAUAACGGGAAGAAUUGGUGUAGAUUCACAUCCUGUUUCACUUUGUGAUCGAAAGAAAUGGGUCGCUAUGCAUCCCAGACGACGUUUCUCUAGUCAUCCUGUAGAAUCUUGUAAUACGUAUAUCGACGAUUCAUUAACUAGAUGUAAAUAUAAUUCAAAAUUACCUUCGAAAUUAAUCAAAAGUAAUGAUAGUCGAGCAUCGGAUACAAUGAAUUCAAAUUCAAGUAAAUCCGAAUCACUUUCUACAGAUCAAUUUGAACCUAAUAAUUAUAUUCCUGACAAUGUGAAAGUACAAUCAUAUUUAUGCUCUAGUCAGGAGAAAUGCAGUCAUUGUCAUUGGAGACGAUCUGAACCAUAUUUAGUGACUUUACCAUCACAACCUUUGGAUAUACGAAAGUUAAAAGAACUUUUGAAUUAUCCUUCCGGUUCAUGUUGCUCUAUGAGUGAGUCUUGCAAUUGUAAUACUCAUUCAUCUCAUUCUCCUAAUACUCAUGAUUUGGAAAGUAACCAUUUUUCAAAUAGUGGAAUCAGUGAGGAUGAUCGAGAUGGGUGUCGAAAUUGUACAGAUAAACCUAAUAAUAAUAAUAAUAAUGAAAACAGCUAUGCCAAUAACUUCUCAUCAAAUUACUGUACACAAAAUGGAAUCCACAUGCAGUCAGGUACUUCGUGCCAUACAACUCAGUGUGAUUCAGUUUCAACCCAGAGUCAGCCUUCAAAGACUAAUACAGUUUUAACUGACUCCUCUCACUCAAAGUUAUGCCAUGACAUUACAAAUGAUAACAAUAAAGUAAUAGCUAAUCAUGUCAAUACGCUGUUAAAUGCAACUCAACCGGUAUGCACACAAAAUGUUAAUCAGCCAUUAGUUCCUCCGGUCGUUAAUGCUAGUGUGAAUACAGCUGCUCGUCGACGUAGACGCCUACCAAGUAGUUGGUCUACUCUAAGUUCAACAUUGAUUGGCAAUACAGAUGUAUCAGGAAAUGGCACUAAUGGUCACACGCUGAGUAACAUGUUUACCAGUAAUAGACGCCAAACUGAGUUAAAUCAACGCCAAUCCAAAGGAAAUAGCACUCAUCAUAUUUAUAUGCCAUAUCAAGUUACACCGACUGUUAUUCCAGGAAGCCAAUGUAUAAGAACCCGUCAACAUACUCAUAGCACAUGUGAAAGCACAACAAGUUGCCAUAAUCAUGCAUAUGAUGGUUCACAUAAUUCUCCUGAUUCUCUAAAUACCUACUGUCAAACAAGUGGUAGAGGAAGUAUUAAAUCUUCUCUUGUUUCUUUGUCAUCUAGUCUUAUACCACUUUGGGCUAAUGCACCUACAUUUGCUAAACCAAGAACUGGUAAACUAUAUGUUUCCAGAGAGGAGAUUUUAUCUCGUCGUGCUGAACAACAGCGACAACUGUCGUCUGUCUCAGAAGUUAAACAUCAAGAAGGUUUUAACAAUCGUUCUCCACCUAAUUCAUCAGAUACUUUGUCUUCUCAUUUCGGGGACAAUUCAAACUGUCCUGGUGGUACAGGUGGUACAAGUUCAAAUAAUUCAACAGAAGGAAAUGCAACCUCCCAUAGUGAACAGAAGUUGCCAAGUAAUGCUGUUCAAUCUAUGGCACCAAGUCAUAAUCCUGUAACAACAAAUGGAUAUAAUUUCGACUUAUCUUCUGAUUCUCUUACAGUAUGCAAAAAUAAUGCAUCAUUACCUAUUCCACUUGGAUCGUACAUUAAUAUGCCUCCAAGCCCUCUUAAUUUUGAGUUACAACCAGCAAAUGAAAAAAAUUCAUCUGUCGUGACUUCGAGUUCUCCUGGACAAUCUGUUGAAAAAAGUGAUUUCACUGAUAAGAAACAAAAUGUAGAAGAUACAAGCAAAGUAUUCAGUGGUGAUAGGAUUUUUAAGUUAUCAGAUGGUACACAUGUCGUGUUGGGUAAUCCUGAAACUUAUGUAAACUUGUUGGGCUUACGGAGGAGUGGAUUCACAAUUCUAAACCAUUCAGAAGCAAAAGUCUACUAUAUCAAUCUUUCACCGCCAAAUUUUGAGUCUACAUCCGAUCAUCCAUGUCCUCUUCAAUUAUCCAGUUCACAAACAGACUGUCAAGAUCCCAAUUUGUCACAGUACCAACGUUCUGUGAUUCCAAAAAGCCUUUCACUACCACGCGUUCCACCCUCUGUACCAAUCGUAGCAGCUUCACUCUUUGACAGACCACCAACACCACUACGACUAGUAACAUCGAAUAACGUCGCCUCUAAAACUCCACAGUUACACUAUGCUCAUCUUAUGUUGUCUGAUAAUCCAAGUGACUGUAUCACAAUCGGUAUACGCCAUGAUAAAAAGACAACUCAACCUUCAGAGAAAAAAGACAACAGUUGUGAGAACCUACAUUCAGUUCAAUCUUUGCCACCUGCAAUAUCUUCUCAUUCAAUUCCAUCUGAGACGAAUGAAAAUCUAAACUGUAAUUGUAACCAACAUAAUGACCAGAAUGGAGAUUGUUAUUCACAGGAAGUAAAUUAUGUAACUAUAGAUAUGCGACAGACCAAAGCACUAUCUGAAUUGGAACAAGAACUACGCAUCAAUGGUGAACCGAUGUGCAAUUCUGGUCUGCAUACACUAUGGUCUGAAAAUCAUCGUUAUGAUCCGAGUAAAUGUGCUAAUACAAAAAGUAGUAAUAAAAUCUGUGAACUACGCAAACAUUUUACAAUAUCAUGGAAUCUUCCCAAUAAUAUCGUCAAAAGAAAAGAAGAAACGACAACAUAUGGAAUAUCAAAUGUACACAGAAAUAAACAAAAUCAAGAAAAUGUGUCUUCAUUAACUAGUCGUUUUUUAAAUCGUAUCAUCCAGUCAUUCCAUCUUCGAUCGCAUAAUCAUCACUAAUCCAUUUCAUCAGCAUCUUCAUGAUUGACAAAUUGAUCAGCAACCGGUUAAACUAAGAAAAUAUCUUUCUUUAUCACCUUUGAAAUGCAUCGCUUUUAAACAGUACUACUAGUGUAUAAAAAGUAUUACUUUUAUAUAAUGAUUAUAAUUAGUUUGUUAUUGGUAGCGCUGAAAUACUUGUGACAGAAUAUCUCAUAUAUAUACUCUAUGCAAUCUCCUAUUUUAUACUAUGCCAGUACAAUAUUAUGGUUAACAACUAACACCUUUUGUAAAUGUGAAUAUAUAAAUAAGUGUAUCAAUUUCUCAUACAUAGUUGCACAAGUAUACCAGAUUUUGUAACUUACUAUCAUUAUUAUUAUUAUUAUUGUUAAUUUUUUUCUCCCCCUUUUUUUCGUUUCUCUCUUUAUUUACAGAGUGUUUUACCUGUAUGUACAUAAACUGAUUGAUUAAUGGGCUUAGGCGUAGGGUAUAUUUCUUAGCUUAAAGAAUACCAUGUAUGAAAUGAAACGUUUUCAAUGGCGCUACAUAUAUAUAUUCUUUGUAUAUUAUUUUCUUUUCCGAUUAGGUUAACUAAGAAAUAAACAAUGCAUUCAUAUUUACG